CAUGUGGUGUUAUACUGCGCCUCUUAACACAGCAUUUUAUUCAAAGAUCUCUGUUCUUCAAUAAAUCAUUUUCAAUAAUUAAAGUUUGUAGGAUCGACCUGUGGAAAAAUGGAGGGAAAUCGAUCGUUGAUAUUUGCGUUGUGCACACUUUUUCUACGCGUUACAGUAGCUUCGGGGGAAAUGAUUGACACAAAAGUAUCGGAAAAGGGUCGCACGGAGUCGGUGGCGUCGAGUAACUUGUGUUUGACGCCAGCAUGCAUUCACUCGGCGUCGAGGAUUCUGGCGAGCAUGAACCCAAGCGUCAGACCGUGCGACGAUUUUUACGAAUUCGCUUGCGGCAGUUACGCAGAAUCAGUGUCGAUAGCCUCAAACCGUCCCAUGAAGGACCCGAAUUUUGAGGCUGAGGAUGCCAUUCUAUUUCGUCUAGUGAAGCUGAUAGAGGACAUAGACGAAUCGAAUGCGCCCAAGCACUUCAGAUUGGUGAAAACGUAUUACGAACAAUGUGCGAAGGACCUAUCAAUUUGGAAAAACGGUGUCAUUCAACUAAACGCAGCGGUGAACGGUAUUUUGCGAGGAAACGGAUGGCCACUGUUGCAAAUGAAAAGUUGGAACGAAAGAAAAUUCGGCUACGGCGGAGCUUUUUCUUCCUUAUUCGCCAUGAGUCGAACCCUUGAUCUGGAAAAUAAUACAGAGUUGAUAACAAACAUUGACGAAAGUGCACCACCUCUCGACAGGCAUUACCUUCGGGAGGGUUUCUCGAACGAAAUAGUCCAAGCUUACUAUCAGUAUAUGGUUGACAUCGCAGUUGGCUUAGGUUGUAACAAAACGGUAGCUAAAAUAGACUUCAACGAAACUUUAUCUUUGGAAAUCGAACUUUAUCAGAAAGUAUUUACCAAGAACGACGAUCCCGAUGUGUCCCAGCGAUACUCCAAACCACGGUUGGGAGAGCUCCAGCAAAAGUAUAAGAUUUCACUUUCGGACAAUCCUGAAUCCGAUACCAAUUCCAAAGUACAAUUGAAAUUCGACGAGGAAACGCUUGACAGAGCAAUGACGUGGAUGCGUAACAAGUCAAAGCGAGCACUAGCGAAUUGGGCAGCAUGGCGAACCCUAGCAGUGAAAAUUCCUCAAUUUCCAUCUUACUUGUCUCACAGGCGUUGGGCUUUUCGCCGGAUCCUUGAGGGAACGCAAUCAGAAAGUUGCGCUGAAAAGACUCGAUCGUCUUUGGGAUUUGCUCUGUCCGCUUUGUACCAGAGAAAAUACAUAAACCAAAGUUCUAUCGAUGACAUGAUCGUGAUGCUUGGCAACAUCGAACAUGAGUUUUCUACGCUGGUACAAAAGGCUGAGUGGUUGGAUAAGGAUACGAGAAAAAAACUCGUCGAAAAAGUGUCAAACAUGAAAAACAGUCUUAGUGUUUGUCGGGAAGCGAUACGCGAUGAAGAACUCGAAGCUUUCUAUAGUGGCCUCGAUUUGUCAAAAGAUUCGUUCGACGAAACAAACAGAAUUAUAGCCGAAUUCAAUUCCAUGAAACCUUCAAGUGCCCGCAAUCCUUCGAACAGAAGUUUCUGUGGGAAAUCCUGGUUGACCACUUCGUACAUUCCUCAAUUCAACUUUUUACAAAUAGCUGCUCGAUCGCUGUUUGGAUUCUUCUACGAUGGCGAUCGACCAAAGUACCUUAAUUAUGGGGUUACUUCAGAGGAUAUAGCUCACGAAUUAGGACACAGUCUCAGUCCUACGGCCAUAAUUUAUGACAAGGAUGGAAACGUGAAGCCAUGGUUGGAUUUGGAAAGUAAAAAAUACUAUUUGAAUCGCGUCCAGUGCUUUAUUGAUCAAUUUGGAAAUUACACGAUCGAUGGGACUAAAAUCCGUGUAAACGGUUAUUUAACGGUGAACGAGAACAUAGCUGAUUACACAGGUGUAAAGAUAGCGUACUAUGCCUACGAUAAAUGGGCGAAUGCAAAUUCUCGUGAAAAAUUUUUGCCCGGAUUGGAUUAUUCGCCAAAGCAAAUGUUUUGGAUUGCCAUGGCUAAUACUUGGUGUGCCAAAUACCGACCACAAUUUUUGAAAUCUCGAGCUUACGAAGAUGAACACGCUCCAAAUAAGAUUCGAGUUAACGGGCCUCUAGCAAAUAUACGAGAAUUUUCGGACGAUUUUCAAUGCGACUCAAGCACCAGAAUGAAUCCGGAAAAUAAAUGUCACUUGUGGUGAGCUUUUUUUAAAACAGGUUCGAAAUUUUUUAAUUUACGAAGGAUCAUAUAAUCCAGAAAGAAAAUUUU